AUGAGUGAAGAAUCCCAAAAGAAAUUGCCUCCAACAAUUCCAAAAAGACCUUCGUCUUCGAGGCUUACUAAAAGUGCUUCAAAUAUUUCUGACACCUCAUCAAACCUGAGGGAUAUAGUAUCGGAUAAGGAUCAAACUGGGGAGGACUCGGAAGGUACAACCACAGAAGAACCUGAGAUCUCAGAAAAUACGGCAGUAACUGAAACUUCUGAUGAAGUAGUUAAGAAUGUUAUGGAAGAGGAAACUGGUUCUCAAGAUGAUGUUGUGUCAGAAUCUAAAUUGGGUUCCCAGAUUGAACCAUCGCAAGCAUUGGAAAGUGAUAAAAAGGAGGAAAUUUUACCACAAAUUACUGAAAAAAGACAUCCCCCAGUAGUACCAAAGCGAAUUUCUAGAACCAGUACCUUGGAAUUCAUGGACAGUGAACCAACAAAUGAAGAAGAGUGUGAGCUGUCUGUGAUCAAAGAUAAUGAGCAGGUUGUGCCACCUAUUGCUCCUAAAAAAAUUUCCAGGACUAACAGUAUGGCUAGUUCCGGUGUUUCGGAUCUGUUGAGCCAAGAAGAGUCUGGAUCAAUUGAGGAAUCUGUAAUUGAAGAGAAAAAGGAGGAUGUGUCGGCGUCAAUGGCCAAAAGGCCAUCUAUUCCAAGGAGACCAGCAAGACCAGCUUCCAAUACCAACACUCCUCCGCCUAUCAAAAAGAAACCUCCUGUGGUUCCAAAGAAGCCUUCAUCGAAGAUACUUGCGUUCCAGAACAUGUUGGCCCAACAGCAGCAGGAGCAAAGUAAUAGUAACCCAUCCAGAUUCGUGCCUGAAGUAAUCCGCCGCAAGUCGAGCGGAAUUUCUUCGGAAGAAGAUAGUGAAUCGGAAAAGAAAAGGUCUAAUAUAUCCAAAAACUUGAACGGGAUAUUCGGGACAGCGUUGCCUGGUAUGGCCCCUCCUGGUAUGGGUUUCUUUCCAGAAAAAAUCCCAAAAGCCCUGUCCUCAUCUUCCUCAUUAGUGGAAGAUAAUUCAGUUAGUCAAACACCAGAAAAUGCAGACGAUACUGCCAAAGAAACCGAGCCAAAAAAGCUUAGUGAUAUCAGAAGGGGGCGGGUUAAGGCAUCAGGGAGAAGAAGAUUGCCUACUGCUGCUGUGAAAAAAGUGGAAACUAAGUCUCAAGAUAAUAACAAAUUCUCAGUUCAUGUUGCAGACCUUUGGGAAGUUGUAUUAACCGAACCUAUUUCUAAUACAGGAAAUAGUGAUGAUGACUCAAGUGGGUCACCAGUUGAAGAAGCGCGAAAAAUUGAGGACGAAAAGAUGAUUGAGAAGGACGAAAAGGAGGAAGAACCUGUGGAAAAAAAAGAUGCGUUAGAUAUUCUGGUGGAGGAAUCAGAGGAACCUAUUGAUGAAACUGAUAUUGCGGAAUCUGCAAAAACUCAGGAGAAUCAAGAUUCAAUACCAGAAUCUGAAACAGGCACAAAAGUGCCAAUAGAAGAAUCAGUAAGUGAUAUAAAAGAUUCAAGUGACUAA